AACCGUGCACACGCUGUGUUUGCCGACAUGAAUUCAAACUAUUACUGUCGUUGAGAAAACAAAGCCGAGGAGGCUGACUGCCCUCACUGCCUGUGCGCUUUUACGCACAUGCACAGGCGCGCACACACCCAGACAGACGUGCGUUUUUACGCACAGGCUCAGAAUGGGAUUUUGCGCACACAUGCACCGAGAGGAGGGUGCAUGACGCACGGCGCAAUUACACGAACGAAUUUGGGGGGAGAGGUGCACGCGCGUAAAUACCGAAAGAGGGAGAUUAAAGAGAGCAGAUAAAAAUGACAGGUUUGUGUUGUUGGAGACAUUAAAGGUCGUCAGAGUCGCGGCUUGGAGACGGACGGACGGAGAAGAAGAAGCAGAAAAGAGGAUUUGUUGACAAAAUCACCAAGUUGGAGAAGCUCCUCCUCUCCGUGAUGUAGCCGCGAGUCGGAACCUCCUUAAUUACUAAUUUCUCUACAUCCAAGCCACGCUCUCUCUCUCUCCUCCCUCCCUCUCUCGGUCUGUUUCUAUUCUCUCUCUCCACUCCUCCAUCCAUGCAUCUCUCAUCCUGACCCUCCUUUCUCUCUCCUCUCUGUCUCUCUUUCGUUUCCAGCCCGGAUAACGGAGGUGGACGAGCUUGGAGUUGUUAUUAUUUUUUUUCUUAUUAUUUAUUCCUCGUUUUUGGGAGACCCGCCACCGGGCAUGGAGGAUGUAAAAGACCCGCCGACCGUCCACCGGUCCUCCUCCUUCAGUAUCAAGAGCCUCCUGCUGCCCUCCAAGUGCGACAGACCAGACUCUGGUGCGGCUGCUGCUGCCGCCGCCGCAGUCGUCGGCAUCCCCGGGACCUUCUCUCCUUCCCCGGGCUCCGACUCUGAGAAGUCGCUGGACACACCGGAGGUUGACUCCACGGCUGCGGCUUUGGACCCGGAGAAGCCGGGCAAGGAGGAGCAGGGGGAAGAGGAGGAGGAGGGCGGAGGGGGAGGCGGAGGAGGGGACGGCGCCAAGGCCACGCCGGAGCAGAAUACUAACGGUAAUAACAGCGGGAAAAACGGGAAAUAUGACAAGCCUCCGUUCAGCUACAACGCCCUGAUCAUGAUGGCCAUCCGGCAGAGCCCCGAGAAGCGGCUCACGCUGAACGGCAUCUAUGAGUUCAUCAUGAAAAACUUCCCAUAUUACCGGGAGCACAAGCAGGGCUGGCAGAACUCUAUCCGGCACAACCUGAGCCUCAAUAAGUGCUUCGUUAAGGUGCCCAGGCACUACGACGACCCGGGAAAGGGGAACUACUGGAUGCUGGACCCGAGUAGCGAUGAUGUUUUCAUCGGAGGGACUACCGGGAAGCUCCGCAGGCGCUCCGCCACCUCCCGGGGCAAGCUGGCGAUGAAGCGCGGGCUGCGCUUCGCUCCUCUCGGCUUGGGGAUUAACGAGCGGACGAACAACCCGCUCUACUGGCAGAUUUCUCCGUUUCUCUCCCUGCACCAUCACCACCACCAUCACCCGCACUACAACGGAUCCUCACCCGGGUUUUUGAACCAGGCAGCCGGCUACGGGUCGCUGCUGCCCGCAGUGGAGCAGCUGAGCAACGGGGACCUGGGGCGCUCCAUCCUCGGCGGGUCGGCCGCCGGGGCGCUGGGUUUGACGAACAGUUACGGGAUGAGCACGUCGCCAGUCGGGCUGCUCUCCGGACAGACUGCCGGGUAUUUUGUCUCAGGGACCCAACACGCAGCGGCACCGGGGCCGCCAGGAGGAGGACCGCCUCCUCCGCCGCCACCGCCGCAUCUCCAGCAGAGCGCACAGGGGUUCGGCGGCCUGGCGACCAGCAGUUCCCCGCAGUCCCUGCUGUCGGACUCCCUCAGAAACAGCUCCCUACCGGCCUUCUCCCCGAGCGUGUCCGCGGGGUUCCCCGGGGUGCUGUCCCAUCAAAAGAGGGUGACCCCAAACGCCUUCCUAAACUGAACUCCCCCCUUACCCUCACCCUUCUCCCCCAUCACCUCUCCGUGGAUGGCACCGGGACGAGGACGCACAAAAGACGUCAUGUUAAGGGCAAAUAAUAAGCGUUAAAUAUCAAACAUUGAUCGCAAAAAAUAUAUAUGAAGUGACACUUUUUGGCCAUAUUCUGCCCCGAAGAGCAACGGGUUUAUUUUGGUGAUUUUUUUGUCGCAUUUGAUUGAAAAAGGGACAAACCUUUGUUACCCGCGGGUUGUACAACUGUAAACUAGACUUGCCAAAGGUAACGCUUUAAGUAUAUUUCAAGCUAUUUAUAUCUUGUACAAAGAUUUUCAGUACUUUCUUUGAGUCUUUUAUUUAUGUUUUGUAUUUAUUGUACAAUGUAUUUAAAUUCUAUUUGUCAGUGUAUACUUAUCAGUAUUGAGGAAAAGGGGGAGGGGAGGGGGGGGUGAAAUAAGACAUACAGGGUUAAUAAUUAUUUAUGAAUUUUGAGACAAUCAAGGAGAAAAUGAGACAAUCAAAACUUUUUCUUUUCUCUUUUACUGGGAGGAAAAACUUUUGAAUAAUAAUGAAUAUAACGCCUUAAAAUCAGCAGAAACAAUCAGGGGUUUUGAGAGGAAAAAUAAGCCUACAAAUCAUAUCUCUACUCAGGUGUGACCCCGGACAGGCCUAUAAUAAUAAUAAUAAUAAUAAUAAUAAUAAAACUGCUCUCCUGUGAAGAGUUUCCUUCCAAAAUAAUGAUAUCCAGGAAUAAAGCAAACUUUUCUCCCAACAUGGCAGACCUGUAGUGAAGCUAAAAAUAUCCUGACUGCUGCCUUUGAGUGACAUAAAUGUAGUUUUGGACUUGCCCCUUUAAAUAAAUAAACAAAUAAACAAACAAAUAAAUGGA